AUGCCGCUCUCAGAGAACCUACCUCAGAGACGAAGCGACGGUGAAGGGGCGUUUUACAAAGAGACGAAAUGUGGUAAUUCAACCGCCCAGCGACAAUCAACCAAUCAGGGCAGUCAGACUAUUGAACUAGCCAAUCAGAGGGCUGUUCCAGAUACUGUAGGAAUGGGAGUGGAGGUAAAAAGCUUCUUGAUUGAACCUCUGAAGGAUGGGCAAGGCUUCCAGGAACCAGUGCCAUUUGAGGAUGUGGUUGUGGACUUCACCCAGGAAGAGUGGCAGCAGCUGGACCCAGCUCAGAAGAUCCUGCACAGGGAUGUGAUGCUGGAGACCUAUAGCCGUCUUGUCUUUGUGGGGUGUUCAAGUAUAAAACCAGAUGUCAUAUUCAAGUUGGAACACAGAGAGGACCCAUGGUUUAUAGAGAGUGAGUUGGCCAGAUAUAUCUACCCAGAGAGGAAGAAAAGCAUUGCGUCUUUCCCACAGUUCAUUUCCAGACAAAUUUCAUUUCAAAGGGACAUACUUGAAAGAGCCCCAAAGGAUAAUUCAUUGUACUCUCUUUGAAACGUCUGGCAUAUUGAUGAUCAGAUAGAUAGAUAUUGAGGAAUCCAAGAUAGAGUUUUGAGGCAAGUCACCAUCAUCACUCAUAAGACAUUGACUGAGGAGACAGACCCAAAUAUAAUACAUUGGGAAAAAUUGUUCAGCGGAUGCACAGAACUUGAUCCUUCAGGUAAAAAACUCCAUAAUUACAAUUUAUGUGAAAAGAGUUUCAAAUCUAACUCAGACUCACUAGGUUGUCAUAGGAACUAUGUAAGAAAGACCUCCAUUGAGAAAUUUGGGUGCCGAAAGCCAACUAGGUAUAGUGCUUCCUGUUCUUUGCCAGAGAAUGAAGGCAUCAUUCAUACUGGAAUGAAGCCCUGUGGAGAUAAGCAGCGUGAGAAAGUUCUCAGUCCUAAGCAAGCCCAUAUUCAAUAUAAUAAAGUUCAAACUGGAGAGAAACCCAAUGUUUGUAAUCUGUGUGGGAAGGGCUUUAUCAAGAAGUCAGAGCUCAUUAUACACCAAAGAACUCAUACAGGAGAGAAACCAUAUGUAUGUGGAGAUUGUGGGAAAGCCUUCAGUGAGAAAUCACACCUCAUGGUGCAUCAGAGGAUGCAUACUGGUGAGAAACCCUAUGAAUGUACAGAGUGUGGGAGGGCCUUCUCCCAGAAGUCACCCUUCGUUGUUCAUCAGAGAGUCCAUACUGGAGAGAAACCCUGUGAGUGUUUUGAGUGUCCAAAAGCCUUCUCCCAGAAGUCACAUCUCAUUAUACACCAGCGAGUUCAUACCAGAGAGAGGCCCUUUGGAUGCACUCAGUGCAGAAAGACCUUCUUUGAGAAUUCUCAUCUUUUUGUACACCAGAUCCCUUAUACUGGGGAGAAACUCUAUGAAUGUUCUGAAUGUGGGAAGACCUUGCCUCGGAAAACACAGCUUAUCAUACUUCAGAGAACACACACUGGAGAGAAGCCCUAUAAGUGUCAUGAAUGUGGGAAAACCUUUUGCCAGAAGUCCCACCUCAGAGGGCAUCAGAGAAUUCAUACAGGAGAGAAACUGUUCGUGUAUACUGAUUGUGGAAAGGCAUUUUCCCAGAAAUCACAUCUUACUGGUCAUCAAAGACUUCAAGAAAAACCUUAUAUGUGUACUGAAUGUGGAAAAGUCUUAUCUCAAAAAUUACCUCUUAUUAUACACCAGAGAAAUCAUAAGGAGAAACCUUACCAGUGUACAUAUUAUGGCAAAACCUUCUCACAGAAAUCAUUCCUCAUUAUUCACGUUCAUACAAGGGAGAAACCAUAUGAGUAUCCCCAAUGUGGGAGAGCCUUUUCUCUGAAGUCACAUCUCAUUAUACAUCAGAGAGCUCACACUGAAGAGAAACCAUAUGAAUAUAGUGGGCAUGGGAAAGCCUUCAUUGAGAAGUCUCCACCCAUUAUACAUCAGAGAACCCACACUAGGGAGAAAUCCUCUGAGUGUGCUGAGUAUGGGAUAACCUUUUCCCAGAGAUCACAAAUGGUCACAUAUCAGAGGACACACAAUGAGAAGAAACCCUCUAAGUGAAGUGCCUGUGGAAAGGCUUUCUGCCAGCAUAUAUACCUCUCUCAAUGUCAGAAUCCAUAUAGGAGUAAAACCAUAUAUAGUUACUGA